AGCAGAAGAUACUGCAGGAUUUCUACAGCUCGUCUAAAAGAAUUCUCAGCUGCAGCAGCUGCACCAUUCAGGUACGGGCUUUGAGACACACUGCAGCGAUACUGUAAGAACUAUGUGGUUCACCACUGUCCUCCUCAGCUUCAUGUGCCAUCUAAGUCUCUCUCAGGCUACUACUGGGACUCCUCAAGAGGCUGAGCGGAAUGACAACAUUACAGUUUUUACGCGGAUUCUAGACGGACUGCUGGAUGGAUAUGACAACAGGCUGCGUCCUGGACUAGGAGAAAAGGUGACUGAGAUUAGGACCAACAUUUUUGUCACCAGUUUUGGUCCCGUGUCAGAUACUGAAAUGGAGUACACAAUCGAUGUGUUUUUCCGGCAAAGCUGGAAGGACGAGCGCUUGCGUUUUAAAGGACCCAUGGUGAUGCUGCCUCUGAAUAACCUGCUGGCCAGCAACAUCUGGACCCCUGACACUUUCUUCUUAAAUGGCAAGAAAUCCAUUGCUCACAACAUGACUACACCAAACAAACUGCUGAGGCUAAAAGAUGACGGAACACUUCUCUACACCAUGAGGUUAACCAUUUCUGCUGAGUGUCCUAUGCAGCUGGAGGAUUUCCCCAUGGAUGCUCAUGCCUGUCCUCUCAAGUUUGGGAGCUAUGCCUACCCAAUCUCAGAGGUAGUUUACAAAUGGACCCAGGACCCUAAAACAUCUGUCGUGGUGGCGGAGGAUGGCUCACGUCUCAACCAGUACCAUCUGGUUGGCCAGACAGCUGAUACUGAAGACAUCAGUACCAGCAGAGGCCAAUACACAGUAAUGAGGGCACACUUUUACCUGAAGAGGAAGAUAGGAUACUUUGUGAUCCAGACCUAUAUGCCAUGCUUCAUGACCGUCAUUCUGUCCCAAGUCUCCUUCUGGCUGAAUCGAGAGUCUGUCCCUGCGAGAACUGUCUUUGGUGUGACCACGGUGUUAACCAUGACCACGCUUAGCAUCAGUGCCCGGAACUCUUUGCCCAAGGUGGCCUAUGCCACAGCCAUGGACUGGUUCAUUGCAGUAUGCUAUGCUUUUGUGUUCUCCGCCCUCAUUGAAUUUGCUACAGUCAACUACUUCACCAAGCGCAGCUGGGCCUGGGAUGGCAAGAAAGCUCUGGAGGCUCAACAGCCCAAGAAAAAAGAUCCACUGGCACUGUCCAAGAAACCCAACAAUACGUGUUCCACUGGGAUGAACUUCACAGCCAACAUCACUAAGGACCCGACCAUCUCCACUAUAUCCAACAGCACCACAGUGCAGAUGAAGAGCUCUGAAAGCAAGUCGACCCCGGACCCCAAAAAGACCUACAACAGUGUCAGCAAGAUCGAUAAGAUGUCGCGAAUAGUGUUCCCUGUGCUCUUUGGAACUUUCAACCUGGUGUACUGGGCCACGUACCUCAACAGGGAACCUCCGGUCAUUAAAGGAGCUGUUUCAUCCACAUAGAAUGACCAGCGCUGCAUUCACCACCCGGGAGUCAAUCCUUUUUCCUGCUUUUUUCUUCAUCUUGCCAUAAAACUAAACUUGCAAGGAACAGAAAAGAUGCC